UAACCCAACAGCGUCAGUUACACGUAACAAAUAUGGCGGCGCCCUUCGCUCGUUAUGUCUUGUUCUUUCGGGCAGCAGCGUGUUAGAAAAGCGAUAUGCGGUGACACUCCCUAAUAUGUGGAUGAUGUAAAUAUUUUCUUCGUUCCUUUUCGUCAGGUCUGGAGAGCGCGUACAGGUGUGACAGCGAGCAGGAUGGGAUACCAGCGUUUGCUCUGCACGGCACUCGAGUGCUACUCCAGACAGGUCCGGUCUCACCUGCUCAGGAUCCCCAAAAAUAUCGACAGCGUGUGGAGAGGAACCCAGCAGAACGCCUCGCUGCUGACACACAGCGCACUGAGCAGCUGUUUACAAAAUGCAAGUAAUGGAGUAAGACGGCCUGCUGGUGUUUUCAGCCGGAUACUCCGCUGUACGGGACUGUUGAGCCCUCCUCGCCGACAGCUGGCUCCCCGCCGCGGCCUGUGCUCGUCGGCGCAGCCGCUCAAAGACGUGACUCUGUUCCAGCACGACCGGAGCCGCUUCUUCCGGCUGCUGUCGGUCUUCUGCGGCGGCCAGUUCCUCUUCUGGACAUACCUGGCUCAUUUCGCCUACACCGGCCUCCGAGACACCGGGAGAGCUACCCAGCAAGGGCAAGGCAAAGUGUCCACCACGACGGGGCUGGCGGGGAUGUGGAGCUUCGAGAUGAACCUGGGCUCCAGCGGCUGGAGGUACGGCUUCACGCUGGGCUGCCUGGCGGUGGGAGGAGGCAUACUCGGGCUGGGGGCUCUGUUCUGCCGGCGCUCCGUCAGCCGGGUGGUGCUACACAAAGGCGGCAGGAUGGUGACGGUGUGCACCCAGUCGCCCCUGGGACCGGACAGAGGCCGGAAAAUUACCGUCCCCCUGUCCCAGGUAGCCUGCCACGCCCACAGACAGGAGUCCCCCUCCUUCAUCCCCCUUCGGGUCAAAGGUCACAGGUUCUACUUUCUCUUAGACAAAGAAGGGACACUGAAUAAUGUUAAACUCUUUGACAUCACUGUAGGCGCUUACCGGCCACUUUAAGUUGCAGUUAUCUGACCACUGGAAGGAUCUGCGGCCAAAACCAUCACUCUUGUGCUUCACUUCCCAAACUCAAAGCUAUGGCAAAGUUCCUGUUAUUUACCACAAACACUGCCAAACCUGCUUAUACAGACACACUUGAAUCCUCGGAACAAAGUGGAGCAAAGACCGAGAUCUUGAUCGGUCUAAUUUGGUGAAUGUGAUGAAUUAUUAGAUGUAGGCCACAAACAAAACUAUAAGGGAAACUGGCCCUGAAUGCUCCCUGAUGGGAUUUUUGUGGCUUACAAAUAAAAUUUCUGUUGAUUUUUUUGCUUGAUCUUGCCUGUGCAUUAUGAUUACAAACUACAGGAUUUGUGACUCAGUGCCACACCUUGACAUACUUGUUUCCAAAAUUAAAAAAAAAAAAAAAAGUUCAGAAAGGAUAUUUUCCUUUAUAUUAAACCUAUAGAGAAACAAUUAAGAAUAAAUGUUUGUGUGUACCUUGGA